AUGGAUUCUGCUACCUCCCGGCCCACUGUCGUGGUGGUUGGUGACGGGAGCUUGCUCACGUUGUAUAGAUCUGGAGUAAUUGGUAUUUCUUGCGCGCUGAAGCUGCAAGAAAGAAUCUCACAAUGGGAGUCCGGCCAGAAGCCUGAGGUUCUUCUGGUGGCGCGGGAAUGGCCCAUGUCACUCCCUGGUUCACCUACCUCGCACUCUGUCGAUUAUGCAUCUGUUUGGGCUGGCGCACAUGUACGCCCAAUACCAGCAACAUCUCCUCAACUCCAGUGUGAGGCUAGAUGGUUGAAGCAUACGACCGCCGAGUUCGAUCGAUUGCUGCAGAGCUACCCCUCCAUUGGAAUUACGAGAACUAAGGGUGUCGAGCUCUUUGAAGACCCAACAUCUGACUAUACAGCGCAGUCAGCUGAGAGUUUCUCCUCAGAAUCAGGCUUGUCUGGUUAUAGGAGCCUCCAACCAGUUGAGCUACCAGAGGACGUUGUACUGGGAUUUGAGUACGACACAUAUUGCAUCAAUUCUCCAGUUUAUUGUCAGUAUCUCCUGCGUCUGUUCAUUCUGGGAAAGGGAAUUACUUUGCAAAAAAGCCUGCGAAGUGACUCAGAGGCCUUCAGCCUUGCUGAAAACGUCUUGUUUGUGGUCAAUGCAAGUGGAAUAGGUUUCAAUGACACGAAAGUCUAUCCGACGCGCGGUCAAAUUGUUUUAACCGACUUCGUCGAGGCGGACAAGACUGUCACUCGACAGAACAAAGAUGGUAGCUGGAGCUUCGUGAUCCCACGUUUUUUUGCUGGUGGUACCAUCAUUGGAGGGACGAAGGAUCCAGGCAGCUGGGACUCACUCCCUCAAAAGGACACGCGCCGUGCUCUACUGCAAAAUGCUUCAUCGAUAUUGAAUUUGGCAUCUGCAGCGGAUCAUUCAUCUCAAAGGUCAUCGCAUGACCUUCAUGUAGUGGAAGACAUUAUUGGACGCCGGCCAACGAGAGAUGGGGGCGUUAGGUUGGAGCUGGAGACUCGGACCUUUCUCCUAAGCAACAGUAGAUCUGGUCACGGUCACAUCAUUCAUGCUUAUGGUGCUGGUGGUCGUGGCUAUGAGCUGUCGUGGGGAAUUGCAGAAGAUGUGGCUUGCAUGGCUGAGAAAUUGCUCGGCAAUGACAGGCUCUCUAAACUGUAG